AUGCGAGUCCCUCCGUCGCGAGUCGUCGCGCCGCACCCGAUGGACUCGCUAGGCGCAAAGGAACAGACAGGACCGAAGAAUGACAGCGGAAACUGCGAAACAUUUCUUCCCAUUUUCGGUACAGUCACACCCGGUUUUAUUACGAGUAAAGGCCUGCGGCCAAGCCCGCUCAUCUUUCUCGUGCGAGCCUGCGGCGACGGCGCAAAUACCAGCGCCCUCAGCAGUAGUAGCAACAAUAGCAGUGAAAGCAAUGGCGGAAGCCAAAGCAGUGGCAGCAGCGAGGGGACUCGUGCGGGAGACGAAAGCCAAGGACCUUCGGUGAAGUGCGGCGGGAGGGAGUGCGGCGAGAUGGAGUGCGGUGAGAGGGAGUUCGAGGGGCUGGAGGCGCUGGUGUCGGACUUCUGCGGUAGCUCGUGGCGCACGCAACUGUCACGAGACGACCUUGAAGAUGAGAAGGAGAGUCUCGGAUUCAAUAUGAGCUUCGCGGCCUUCCUCGGGUUGAUCCGCGACUCGCUCUCCUCGCGCCACGUUACUGUCACACCCGCUUUCGCUAGAGCGCGCCCCAAUCAAGCGCCCCUGCUCGCCAAUCAUAUACCUGCUCUCGAUACAAUCACGCUCACGGGCCAAAAGGCCGAACGCGCGCCGAAAAUCAGAUUCAAGCUGAAGCGCGUGGAUUGGCCGGGAAGGGACGCCGGAGGAGGGGAGGGGAGAACUGACGCUGGCGUGGAGCAACCGUUAGCGUCACGCUCGCACUCGUUACAGUCACACACGUUACAGUCAUCCUCGUUAGAAGCCAUUGGAUCAGCCACGUCACCAGCGUCGUCACCCCUGUUCCCAUCGUGCGAAUCUGUGGCGGCGGAAAUCGCGUUCGCGCUUGUGAGGGACCGACUCCACCUGGAGAAGACGCUUAGACGAGAGCGCGCCAAGCACGUGAGGCGAAUGGCAGAGGUGGAGAAGGAGAAGGCCACAGCUCUCAGUUAUGGCAUUCUGGGGCCCCCCAAGUCCAAGCUGGCCCGCUCGAGAUCCGCCUCGCGUAUGACAGGCAGCCACGUGGCACCUGCUCCCUCCCGCUCCUUCUCACACUCGCAUUCCCAAGGUUGGCUGCUGGAGUCGCAGGGGACAACAGAAGAUGCAGCAGCACAGGCGGCACCGUUACAGUCACAACCAGCAGUACUGUCCGAAACUGAUUCUCAGUCCCAGCUGUUAUGGUCACAGGCAGCAGGAGGGGCUGCAGCAGGAGGGAAAGCAGCAGGAGGUGGUGCAGCAAGCGCAAUGAUGACACGAGAUAACACUGCGAGUGAAAGGCGGCUGCCGCAAAGACGGCAGCCUGUGCCGUCUUUUAGAAGGGUUAAAAGACGAACGCUGGGCACGAAACUCACUACUGACGGAGAUGACGACGACGAAGAUGAAAUUUAA